AUGUUGAAUUCGAUCAAGCUGAUUACGGGAAAUAGCCACCCUGAGCUGGGUGAGCUUGUGUCGCGCCGGCUGGGUGUGCCGCUGACAGAGUGUGUAUGCCGCAAGUUUGCCGACCAGUCGAUUGAUGUGCGCAUUGGCUCGUCCGUGCGUGAUCAGGACGUGUACGUCAUCCAGUCGGGUCAUUCGCCCUACAUUGACCCGAACGACUCGCUUGUGGAAUUGCUCAUCAUCCUGUCGGCCUGCAAGACGGCAUCGGCUCGUCGGAUCACGGCUGUGAUUCCAUCGUUCCCAUACUCACGUCAAACGAAGAAGGACAAAGGCCGUGUCCCCAUCACGGCCAAGAUGAUCGCGAACAUGAUUACUGUGGCUGGCGCUGAGCAUGUGAUUACCGUGGAUCUGCACGCCAGUCAGAUCCAGGGCUUCUUCGACAUUCCCGUGGACAACUUGACGUGCGAGCCCAGCAUCGCUCGCUGGAUCCGACACAAGGUGGAAGACUGGCGCGAUGCUAUUAUUGUGUCGCCAGAUGCGGGUGGUGCUAAGCGUGCGACGUCGCUCGCCGACUCGCUCAGCAUCGACUUUGCCCUGAUCAACUGCAGUCGUCACCAAAGGAAUCGCCGAGCCCACUCUUCGACGAGUGACUCGGCGGAUUUGUGCUUUGCGGCGCAGCACCAUACAUCAUCGAGUGAAGUUGCCAAUGGUGUGCACUCGCUGAGCGAGAGCGGCGAGUGGUUCAUCACCGACGAGGGCGGUGGCCGUUUGCGCAGCGGGGGCGCCCGCAAAGCGUCCGCGGGUGACGACUCGGCGACAGACGAUGUGGACUCCAAGAUGGAGCUGCUUGUCGGUAAUGUGACUGGCAAGACGGCCAUCCUCGUGGACGACAUGAUUGAUACGGGCCGCACGCUGGCUCUGGCGUCCAAGACGCUGGAGGCGGCGGGCGCCAAGCGCAUCUUUGCCAUUUCGACGCAUGGCCUGCUCUCUGGCCGUGCCGUUGACUUGAUUGCACGGACUCAGAUCGAGAAGCUCGUGGUCACGAAUACGAUUAGCAACACGGAAAAGGCGGCGCAGAGCAAUGGCAAGAUCGAAGUCAUCGACAUGUCGGCCGUCAUGGGCGAGACGAUUCGUCGUGCGCACCACGGCGAGAGCAUUUCGACCAUGUUCCGUCAAGAUGCUGAAAUUAUGUUUUAA